GACCACUUGCACCGCAUAGGCAAGAGCGUGAUGGCUCAUUCCCAUGUAUUGGGCGAUUCUCCCACUUUCUCCUGGCCGGCUGCAUGACGUACUCGUAAGGUAGUGGAGAAUUUGAGCGUUCGUGUGCGUGAAUUCGCGUGUGCCUGUGCGUGCGCGCGUGUGCACGUGUGUGCGUGCGAAGGAAGGAAAGGGAGAGAGGCGGGAUUUUGUGCCUCGUGGACAUUUCCAGACGGAGACGAGCAAAACUGCACUUUGCGCCUCCUUCUCCCGAGUGGAUUUGAUGGAUGUGUAAGGAGCGGAUGGGAUGCCAGUUUAUAGCAUCGCCGCCAAAUUCCCCGACACGUCCGGCCUGGUCCGAAUUAUACACACAGGUGAUUCCAUACAAUUGGCAGCACAAGGCGAAGUACUGACCAUGACCGACAACAGCACACCCAAAUCGGCCAAAAAACCCCGCUGGACCCCCCUAGAGGUUGCCCUGAUUGCAGUCGUUUCCUUGCUCUUCAUCAUCGUUGUGGCCCUCGUCAUCCUCUUUGCUACUCAGCAGACUGUCGAUAUCUGCACAACAGCUGACUGCACUCGGUCGGCGGCUCGUCUGAUUGAGAACAUGGACGCCAGUGUGGAUCCUUGUGACAACUUCUACCAAUACGCCUGCGGUGGGUGGCUCAAAAAGAACAUUAUCCCUGAGACCAGCUCGAGAUACAGCACCUUUGGCAUCCUCCAAGAUGAACUGACAGUCGUUCUCAAAGGUGUCCUUGAAAAAAAUGUGGAGAGCGAAGCGGAAGCGCUCAGCAAGGCAAAGACCCUCUACAAGUCCUGCACCAAUGACAGUUUAACUGAGCAAAAGGGAGGCACUCCUUUGCUCAUGACACUACCUGAUGUCUUUGAUUGGCCCAUGGCCGUGGACAACUGGGACACCGACUAUGGUCAAACGUGGCGGGCGGAGGAUGUCCUAGCUAAGUUGAACGCAAAAUAUCAAAGUCUACUCCUGGUCUCCAUGUACGUUGACGUUGAUGAAAGAGAUUCCAAAUCACACAUCAUUCAUUUUGAGCAGCAGCACAGUAUGGGCGUCUGGUCCAAAGGUGCUUGCAAUGGAUCAAACGAAGAGGCAUGCCGGCUGUACGAGCUCUUUGCGAUUGACCUGGUGAAGCUGAUCCGCACGGACCGAGGUCUGUCCGUCAACGAGACGCUGAUCAGAGAGGAAAUAACACGGGUAAUGGAGUUGGAGAGGGGCAUUGCAGAGGCUAACGAUUCCCCGAGCAUCUCUAAUGAUCGAGAGUUGCGUUACAACAGGAUGGAACUCGGCGAUCUCAAUGCCAAUUUCACCCUUGAAGUGGAAUCGAGGCUGUUCAACUGGAGUUAUUUCACCGCCCAGAUAAUGAAUACCGUCAACAUCACUGUCACAGACACAGAGGAGGUUAUAAACUUAAGCCCCAACUAUUUCAAAAAGCUCAACCCACUCCUGGCCAGAUAUACAAAGAGGGAUGUGCAGAACUACCUGAUGUGGCGUUUCGCUUCGCAGAUGGUGGAUCACCUGAGCAAAGCCUACAGAGACACGGGCAAAUCCUUCAAAAAGGCGAUGCACGGCAUGACGGCAGAGGAACCGGUGUGGCGUCAGUGCGCAGUAUUUGUCAGUGGCGCCAUGUACAAUGCCGUAGGGCGACUGUACGUGCAGGAGGCCUUCUCCGAUAACAGCAAAAAGAUGAUGGAAGAGAUGAUCAGAGAUAUCCGAGAAGUCUUUAUCAGUAACCUCAAGGAACUACCCUGGAUGGAUGCUGUCACCAAAAAAGCAGCGGAGGAAAAGGUUCGAGCUAUCCGGGAACAAAUCGGCUACUCUGACAACAUCAUGGACGACAAAUACCUGAACGACGAGUACAAGGAUCUCAACUACAGCGCAGACGAGUUCUUUGAAAACAUUUUGCACACGACAGCCUACAACAAGAAGAAAGUCCUCCAGAAACUCAGAGUGGAAGUCAACAAAAAUGAGUGGUUGUCGGGAGCAGCAGUCAUUAACGCUUUCUACUCGUGGAGAAAAAACAUCAUAAUCUUCCCUGCCGGAAUCUUGCAGCCGCCGUUCUUCAGUAAAGGUCAGGCCAAAUCUCUCAAUUACGGAGGAAUCGGCAUGGUCAUCGGCCACGAGAUCAUGCACGGCUUUGACAACAUCGGUCGUAAAUACGAUAAAAAUGGUGACCUGAAGGACUGGUGGACGGAGGACUCGGCUCAAAGGUUCUUGGAGCUGUCGGCAUGCAUCGUCGAUCAGUACGCCAACUUCUCUUGGGACCUGGCCAAUGGACUUAAUCUGAAAGGUAACAAUACCCUUGGGGAGAACAUUGCUGAUAACGGAGGAGUGCGGCAGGCCUAUCAGGCCUAUAAGAACUACGUGAAAAAACACGGGGAGGAGCCUCUGCUGCCAGGACUCGACCUUAACCAUGAUCAACUCUUCUUCCUCAACUUUGCUCAGGUGUGGUGUGGAACGCGGCGACCAGAAGAUGCUUUGAGCUCCAUCCAAGUCGAUCAGCACAGUCCAGGGAAAUUCAGGGUGUUGGGCUCCCUUCAGAACUUCCCAGAGUUUGCCAAUGUGUACAACUGCAACAAAAGCAGCUACAUGGUCUCGGAGAAGGUGUGCCGCGUGUGGUGAUCCACCAACCUCGGUGGGCCUGUGCAGACUUCCUCCUCGGUCCUUGGAUCUCACACGGGAAGUCAAAGCUGCCCCAUCUGGCCGGAGCGUGGCUGCCACGUGUGCAAUUCCUCGGAGAAUAGCAGCACUGACUGGAAAGCUCCUCAAACAAACGGAACACUGACACCUCUGCGUUUCAUCAAGUGAGCGUCACUGCGGUCCGCACUGGAUACAUCCAACAAUCUGUCUUAUUUUUGAUUGCAUUUAAAGAAUUUUUUUGUCUUCUGUACUAUACAGGGGUUAAUGUAUUCCAACCCACUGGCUUCUAAAUACACCAAACGCCCACUUACACUCAUAGAAGAGGGCUGAACCACUCUGCUGUUAUGUAGGACUAUCUUCGGGCUUCAUCUCGUGUACCUUCUCUGUUAGUACACACUGUGUUUUAGCUAAAUUAUUAGAGGACAAUAUGAUUAUAUUUUGGCAAAAGGAGCCUCAAAUAUGUAACCUGCUAUCUACUCUUCCUGAAUUGUGAGGUGAGCAAUGAGUAGGCGUACGACGUUUAUUACCAGUACAGUCCUGUAUCUGCAGUACAUUCGACGAUGGCGAAGACCCUCUCACCUGUCAACUGAAAUGACAAUCGACAUGUUCAGUUUCAACGGUUCCAUGGGUGGUUUUGUCACCACGACGACUGCCUGCUGUAUGUCACACAAAUCACAAUGCCUUAUAUGACCUGUGGUGCCACUCUUAGGGGGAAAAAUCAGUUGUUAGGAGAGCUCACGUUCCAGAGUCAGCAAGCGUUGUUGUGACUUCUAUGGAACCAAACAUACCAAGAACAUUUCCGUGAAAUUUUAGAGAAUGGGAUUUUGGUUAGGAUAAGAUUAGAUGGUUAGGAACAAGGUUAAGUUUUAGGAGUAUGCUCCGGGCAUUGAAUCAAUCACCACUGUUUGAAGAUGUUUCCUUUCUCAACCAAACAUACUUCGUUAGGUCAUGAGCCAAUAGUGGAUGCCUGGUAAAAAAGUAUUUAUCCAGAACGUUCGAAGCACACCCCGGCUGGCCAAGAAUACUUUCACUCUUUUGGGAGACAAAAUAACUGCGGCGACAAUACCUCUGCAUCCUUAGGUUCCCACUCCGAUACUUUGUCGAAAGCUGUCUUUGAUGCAUUUACUGAUGAAGCCAGAAUCGUCUCCUAAAACAACCAAAGCGGUCCAGUUGGGAUAAAUUCACUCCCUUGAGAGUUCGACGACCUGGAUGAUUGAGAAUAUUCACAGGUGAGUUAAGGAGGAGUUAUGGAGUAGGGCUAAGCGGUUAGGAGUAGGUUAGGGUUCAGGGCUUGGAUUAGCGGAUCCGACCGAACCUUCCCAACCAGAAUGCGUCGCUUGCAGUGAGACUGAAUUUGUCUGAAAAGUACAAAUAUAUCUUUGUUUGUCUGUUUAUGCCAGUCACCUAAGGCAUAGUUUUGCUUCAUUUUAAUUUCAUCACCCGGGGGUUUCAUAUCACAGUUUGACAGGCAGAACAAUUUCAAUGUUCUUGCUUCAGAUGGCAGAUAUUAGAAUAAAACUGCGGUGCCAUUCAUACGACAGAAUAAAGGCAUGGAUUCCUGCGAGUAUAUCCGCUCUGUGCGCAAUUAAAUCAAUUUAUAAGCGAUUUGAGAUAAGAUUGUCAUUUAAGAAUUCGCCACAGGGCUUAGUUACUGGGUUAGGGUUUUGAGUCAAGUUAGGGUCAGCAUUAUUAAUUUGAUGGAUUUAUGUGUUCAUAACAGAGCAAGAAAAUAUGUUUUUCAGAGGCUCUUUCAUCAUAUCGACAAAAUAUUUUAUUACCUAACGGCAAUCCAAGAGGAGGACUUUAACAGCAUUGUAACGCAUUUACUAUUUUUCUUGUUAAAAACAAACAAACAAACGAAUAAGCGCAUAACUUUCUUUCAUGAACUUGGUGAUGGUUUUGUUGCCUGUGGGGAGAGGGGCUUGUGUUUAAAAGGUCACAACAUUAGGUACACUUGCAAGGUGGAAGAGGAUCAAAUAUGAGCUGAUGUUCAAAACAGAGCAUUAUAACCACCGCAAAGGCCAAAUAUUUGCGGCAUUUCUUGUGUAGUGUCUGACUUAUCUACCAUUUAAAGGUGAGGAAAAGAGAGUGAAGGAUUAUUUUAGACAUGGAAAAAAUGUGUGUACCGUAAUAUCCAAUUUGUUGGAUUUUCCAUUUGUGUAUCUGUUGGCAACUUGGAAUCUCUUCUAAGAUGCAUGCCAUUAUUUGUGGAAGUGUUUUUUUUUCGGGGUUGGGGUGCGACUUUUCUUAUUCACAUGUAAUUGCAGGUUGCAAUACAAUAACACAAAGUCCUUUGCCUUUUGUAAAGAAAUCAUUCUAGACAUUUCAAUGUUUUUUUCUUUUAUCCGUUCACAAAAUCGUUCACUCAGGCUUUCUUUCUCUGAGCCCUGUUUCGCCGGUAGAAAGAUAUACCUCAGUUGCCUGUAUUUCCAUAUUUUAUACAAACAUAACCAUCGUCUUGUAGAGCAUUUUCUUCCCAUUUCAAAAUAAAAUAUUUCAACGAU